AUGGCCAUGGACCGACUUCAUCAUGAUACAUACGAAGCCGAAGCUGACGACGGUUCCUCGAUAGCGGAACGCAUGUCAGCUGUCUCCCAUCGUCACGGCUCGCAGGUCGGAGCCUCCGGCCCCCAUGACAGCAUCGAGCUCGAGCGUAUCAACACCUAUCGUCUUCAGCAGCAACUUACGGUAGGAUCGCGAGGAAGUCGCAUACCGCAAGACCAAUGGCUACCCCUCGGGGCUGGGAAACCCUACCCGCCGCCUCUACCGGACUCGGAGGCGUAUGUGGUCGAAUUUGAAGGAGCGGACGAUCCGAUGCAUCCUCACAACUGGCCCAUGAAGAAGAGAGUCAUUCUUGGAUCACUUCUCACCUCAUGUGCUCUGGUUACCGCCUAUGGCAGUGCAGUAUUUGCGACUGCCGCUUCUGGUGCCAUGAAAGAGUUUGGCUUUGGUGAAGAAGUCGCGGCACUAGGAACGACUCUGUACGUCUUGGGCUUCUCGGCUGGGCCAACGGUAUGGGCCCCCGGCUCAGAGCUGCUCGGCCGGCGAUGGCCGCUAUUGAUCGGGAUGUUUGGCUUCGAUAUUUUCACUAUAGCGUGCGCCACCGCCAAGGACACCCAGACCCUGAUGCUGUCCCGCUUCUUCGCUGGUUUCUUCGCAGCCAGCAUCAUUGCCCUGGUACCCGCUAGCCUGUCCGAUGUCUUCAACAAUCACCAGCGUGGGGUCGCCAUCGCCAUGUACACCAUGUCGGUAUUCACAGGUCCGUUCACAGCCCCAUUCAUCGGUGGCUUCACGGCGUCAAGCCAUCUCGGCUGGCGGUGGACGCUGUAUGUUCCCGCCAUUGUUGGGUUCUUCUGCCUCGCGUUGAUAGCGCUCUUUACCGAAGAGACAUACGCCCCUAUCAUCCUGGUACAGAAAGCGGCAAUUCUCCGACGCCAGACGCGGAAUUGGGGAAUUCAUGCUCGCCAGGACGAAUUGGAAAUUAGCUUCCAGGAGCUGGUCACCAAGAACUUGGCGCGUCCGUUCUUGAUUCUGUUCACCGAGCCGAUUGCGUUUCUGCUCACUCUCUACAUGUCGUUCAUCUAUGGAUUAGCCUAUGCACUGCUGGAGGCGUAUCCGAUUGUCUUUGAAGGCACCUAUGGCAUGACUGGGGGUGUCGCAGGGUUGCCCUUCAUUGGCCUGAUCAUUGGAGAAAUCGCUGGCAGUGCGUUUGUCUUAUCGCUGUCGGGAUCCUAUUCGCGGAAAUUGAUGGCCAACAACGGCGUGUCGGUGCCGGAAUGGCGUCUCCCCCCUUGCAUUGUUGGUGGCGCCGCGUUUGCUGGUGGGCUAUUCUGGUUUGGAUGGACUGGCUGGGAUAGUUCAAUCCAUUGGAUGGCCCCCACGGCUGCCGGAGUGGCGGUGGGAUUUGGCUUAACUUCCAUCUUCAUGCAGUGCUUCAACUAUAUUCUGGACACUUAUUCCAAAUUUGCUGCGUCGGCCUUUGCGGCCAACACCAUGAUGCGAUCCAUGGUGGGUGCCGUCUUUCCUCUUUUCACGCGACAGAUGUUCAACAACCUGGGUAUUCAAUGGGCCGGUACGCUGCUGGGAUGUAUUGCUGUGGUGAUGAUCCCAAUCCCGGUGAUGUUCUACCUCUAUGGUAGUCGUAUCCGGCGGAAGAGUAAACUGGCCCCUGUGAUGGAGCCUGUCGCGGAAGAGAUCAAACAAGCAUAG